ACCUGUGGCUUCUCGAACAAGUCAGUCACACGGUCGAGUAUGUUCCACUGGGACGUCCGUUCGUUACCGCGAUCGCGAUUCCGCUGUUGGAUCGAUUGCUCGUGUCAGUGUCCAAUCCUCUCGAUUUCAUCCGUCCAAGUGUUCUCUCAAAUUGUUACUGUGAGCAUCGAGCGGGAAAUUUGAAAUUCCGCUGCAGUGUGGUGCGCGUGCGCGUGCGCGUGUGUGAAGUGACCGCUACUGUCAAUGUUUUCGCGUGUGGAGCGUACAAAACGUAGCUUUAAAUCGAUUGGUACUCUUCAGUGACACAAAGUGACCAUUAAAUCGAUUUUUGUAGCCGUAGCUUACUAGUAAGCAUUUUUGGACCUGUUUAUGUAUAGUCACUUUGGGGCAAAGUAGACUUUGCUUUAGAAUACAGUGUAGAAGAUUUUGAUCUUGGGUCUACAUUCCUACAUUGCCAUUAUUUGGGUCUAAAUUUCUGAGACAAGUGUUAGAGUACCUACAUCAACGAUCUCGUUAAUAAGUACUCAUAUCACCCUCCUGAAUUUCCAGAUACCUAAGAUUGCAAGUUUUUAAUACAUUAAAUUAGAGAGACUGUCUGACACACGUGUUAGAGUGCCCACAUCACCCAAUUCAUUCUUAAGUACUCAAAUCAUCCAACCUCCUGAAUUUCCAGAUAACUAAGUUUGCAAAUUUUUAAUAUGAAAAUUAGAGAGUUGAAAGCAGUCUGGGAAUGUGACAAAAUGUUGUGAAUUAUGUCGUCUGUAAACUUGAACUGUGUCCUCGGUGCAACGAGCCAGGUUCUACAAGCUCCCUAGAGAUCUACCUUGCUCGCGAGUGUACAGCUACGCCCGCACACGCGACCUUUGCAGCUCGCUUUCGAGCCGUCAGUCGUUAAACAGUCGAUUAAAUUUACAUGGUGACGCAACUUGGCGCGCUCGUGGUCGUCGACGGCCGAUGAAGAAGCCAGUUACUAGUCCGCGUGCAUCGCGGUGAAAAGAAUCGUCCGCCUCGCGCGAUCUCGCCUUGAAAUUCCUAAUAAACGCGACCGUUCCAAUACCGACACCUUAUAUCACCGUGUUUCGCUUGUAACCGGUGACUCUCGAGAGAUCGGGUCGCUUCGCGACGUCGAAGCGUGCCAGGAAUCUCCGAAGCAUGCGAAAGGAUAGUGUAUCGAUUGCGACAUGUCGGUUGAAGGUCGGGUGAUAUGGGAGCCGGCGAUAUGAACAGGGAGAUACCGAGCAGCACCCUCGCGACUCUUAGGGGGAUCCUGGUGAGCUCGCUGUCGAGGGAGAAUUUGGGACCGCACGAUCUACCUCUGGAGAACAGACACCGGCCUUAUAGAAAGGUGCACUUUCAUGAAGCUGGAGCCGCUUCUGAGGAAACUAUCCAAAGGACCAGUUCUGCACACACUCGCCACUCUAUCACGAAGGAGCAAACGAUGCAUUGGUUCGCCCAGAUUGGAGGUGACGAUGCCUCUCCCGAUUCAUCAGAUGUGAAGCGCCGCCAAAGUCCCUACGACGAGGACUCCCUCGACGGCGAUCAUCCAUCCGAGAACGAAGGACGCGAGUCGGCGGGAGCGAAAGACGUGGACAGGGCGAGGCUCGUCCGUGAGAGACAGAACGAGGAACGACAACGGAAAUUGGAGGAGCUGAGACAGCAGGCUUUGGCCGCGCAACGCUUCCGGGAGCAACGGGAAGAAGAACGCCGACGGCGCAUCGACGAGCUCAGAUCGCGUGACAACGACAGACGAAACCAAGUGGAAGAAAGGAAACGGUUGAUAUGCGAGGCAGAAAGAGAAAGACGGGAGGCCAUCCUCCGCAAGAACCAGGAGAGAGAGGCACGCAUAGAGGCGAAGAAGAGGAGCGAGAGGUCGCACAUCGUGUUCGCGUUCGGAAGUUCUACCCCGAGGAUGUUGGAGCCAGCUGAUACCGGUGGUUCCACUUUCUGGGGAACACGCAAAGCAACGUCCACCACCAACGUUAUGAUGUUCUCGGCUGCUCAGCCGUUAACCAGGAGGUCCUCCGAAAGAGAGCUCGACGGAAGCAAGAAACGAGCCACAUCCGCCGGUGGCCUCGACCGGAAAUCUGGCGAAGAUAUGCGAAUGUCCUCGUCCAUGUACGAGGUGUUCAAUUGGAAUUCUAGCCCUGAUCCUCCCUUAACCCCUGCCAAACAUAAGAGAGCCAGCCUCUCUCUGCCUCCUACAACUGACAUCUUUGCCAUCGAUGAUAAGUCUGAUAGCGACACUAGGCGUCCGAUGAUUCAGCGGGCUGCCAGUGGUGAAGAGAGCGACGGAACGCCGGGAACACCUGGCUCGGUUUAUCUGCGAGUGAACAGGAGACGCACCGAUCUGAUGCCAACGAUACCGUCGCCACGCGAUGGACCACCGUCUUCAGGGCGCAGCUCGAGCGCAAAGGCCUUCACGCGUUCGCCAGGCAUCCGCAGCGGGGAGGUGACACCGAACAGCCCAUCUCGGCCUCACAGCUCCAUGAGUCAGCAAAGCGCCAGCAGUGUGGGCAGCAGUAACGUCAAUCUGCGUCCUCGUACAUCUGCCCCGCGUCGACCGCGACCUGCUUCUAUUGCCGGUACCGGUGUUUCGAUCACAGAACGACACAAUCUGGUGAGCGAUACGAAGCUGACGAAGGAUUCGAAGCCGCCACUGCCAAAGGUCCACAGCACUCCAAAGAAAUCUUCUACCCCGAAAGCGACCGAAGUGAAGAAACCGACGGAGAAGUUGGUGAAGAAUGCGAAGGCGUCACCGCGGAUAACGCCAAAGGCCACUCCGUUGCAGAGCCCGGGCGCUGAGAAUGCACCUCUCAUUCGAGAAUGUACUGGGGAGAUUAUAAAGAACGAGGGGAAAGAGGAUGCGAAAUUGGAGGACAAGCAUGAGGAGAAGAAGGAUCAGGGCACCGAAAAGACACAGCAGGAAAUAAGUGCAGCCGAACAGGGUAACGACGACGUGAAAAAGCAAGUGAUUGUCGAGCAGCCAGUGUCUAAGCAAGCAAAGGACGAGACUAACUUGAAUCAGGAGGCUCACGAGACACCUAAAGCCAUCAAGAAAGAGGACACGAAGAACGAGAAGAAAGAAACGGAAGCGAAAUCAGAAAGCAACACGGAAGAACAGGUCGACAUGUCAGCCUCAAUGAUCGCAAAGAUCCGAAUUACUACCGAGGAGGAAGCUAAGGCAGCCAUAGCGGAACGCAGAAGAUUGGCCAGAGAGCAGGCUGAACGGGAAGCGGAACUCGAACGCCAACGACAGGAAGAAGAAGCGCGUUUGGAAGCCGAGAGAUUGCGUGCCGAGGAAGAAGAACAGCAACGUUUAGAAGAAGAAACGCUUCGUUUGGCCAAUGAGGCUCGAGAAGCUGAGGAACAGAGACUGAGAUUGGCGAUCGAGGAAGCAAAACGUCGCGAGGAAGAAGAUAGGAGAAGAAGAGAAGAAGAGGCUCGUCAGAAACAAGAGAAAGAAGAGGCUGAGCGAAAAGCGAGGGAAGAGGAAGAAAGACAACGGAUCGAAAUGGCGGAACGGCUCAAAAGAGAAGAAGAAGAACGAAUCGCUAGACGCAAACGCGUUGAAGCAAUUAUGCUUCGAACUCGGGGGAAGAAUCAGAGCAACACACCUACCAAGGGAGAAGGUGGUGACGGUGAUAAAUUGAAAGAAGAUAGUCCUAACGAUGAGAAUAAAUCAGCGCCAGGUAGCAAAGUCGAAGAUGUUAUGACAGCCAGUCUGAUAUCUGAAGCGACCCAGCAAUUUAUUAGCGGAGAACAACGGGCUCAUCAUACGGAAAACAAUACAACUACGGACAUUGUGCAUAAUGGCACGCAUAGUAACGGCAUUAAUGAAAAUAAAAUUGUAUUGGAUAAUAAUCAGGGUAAUGUGGAAGGAGAACUGAACGGUCAUCAUACGAAUCACGGAAACGGUAUCAACAGUCAAUCGAUUACACUGGACAAUGCCACCGUCAAACAAAACAACGUGACCAACAACCUGUUAGACCUAACGGAAUUCGACUCUCUCAGUAAUAGCAGUAGUGGCCCAAUACUCCAACUGACAUCAAAUAUGGCCAACGAAGACACCCUCAACUCGAACCUAAAUCCAGCAGCUAUACCUUUCACUCCAAUGGCCAACACAUAUAUGCCUACCGCUGCUAAUGCCAAUGUAAAUCCGUUCCAGGAUACGUUUAUCAACAACAAGCCACAAGAUAAUAGUCAAGUACCAGAUCUUUUAUCAUAAUCCUUGUGUUAAACAAUUCUGGUGAAAGGAAGAAGAACGAUCGGAGGUUGAGAAUACCGUUGUUGCAUUGCAACGAGCAAUAGGUAUAUAUAUCUGUUCGAAAUGACGUCAUUGAUGAAAUAAUGUAAAUAAGCGCUAUAUCGAUGUGUAGAGAAAAAAAGAAAAAAAUGGAGAUUUAAGUAGAGAAUGGGGGCACUACGUCAGACAAACAAACAAACAGACAAAAAAUGAACACGAAAAAGAGACUUUUCCUUGAACGUUGUCACGAGAGAUGUAAAAUAAUAUAUAAUGUUAAUUAAUAAUAUUACGAAACAGCAAAUAGGCACUCUGUUAUAGUUUGCUAUUAGACAAAUCGAAACUUUUUAGAGGACCUUCGAAGAGAAUUUAGACCUAAAAUAUUGAUUUGGAAGUGUACGCGGAUUAUAUAUAUAUUUUAUUGUAUCCAAUUUCGUUCGAUUGAUUUUACACUGUUUUAUUUUCGUUUUUACUGUACUGUGAAUUUAUGGUCGAAAAUUGAAUUAUGUCGAAUCGGACACAAAAAGAGGAAAAAUCGAUAUAUUCGCAUUUUUGUGUAACGCGUCGUGAACGAGUGUGCAAAACGGCUUGGCAUAAACAUAGCACAAGAUUAUGCAUUGGUUGAAAUUUCUUACAGAACUACAUGUAUCUGCCAAAAUGACGUAGGAGGUAAGCUCCAAUGAUUGUUCUUACAUAAGAGAUAGUAUAAUAUUACCUUAUAGAAUUCGAGUAUAGAAAAUGAAUAUAUGUAUAAUCAUAUCUAGUAAGAUCGUUCGCAGAUAUGAUGUAAAAACGAGAAAAAAAAGAAACACAUUUCUUCCAUAUUACAUUUUGGGGCGUGCGCUCACUAGUCAAGCAAUUUUACUGUUUUUUCUUGUUUUUUUUUUUUUUUUUGUAAUAUUCUCUUUUUCCUUUUGUUUCUUUCUUUUAUUUUUUUUUUAGAAAACUCACCUAAUAUUGGUACUCUAGGUAUCCACUAGAUUUCAUUACCGAUAUAUUUUCGCGAAUCUAACAUAAAUUUUCUAGCUGUGAUGACGAAGACGACAAAGACGGUGAUUUGCUUUGUGAAAUAGCCACUGCAUACAUUUACGGAAUAAGAGAACGAUAGCUAUCCCGUUAUUUUAUUUGUUAAAUGAUCUUUUGCUAGCCGUGAUAGUUGAAAUGUAUGAAAUUGCGAUUGACACGUUUCGAUUGCAAAAUAGCGCGAUACGAUGCAAAAUCUAGUGAAGAGCUCAGCCUCGCCAGAAGCAUAUUUCAUCGAUAAAUCAAACGAGUAAAAAAUUAGAUGUGGUCAUGUUGCGUUGUCCCCAGUGGUGGCUGUUCAUUAUAGUGUUAUCAUACUAGUAUACAGAUUAGAAAACGAUUAUUCUAAAGCCUGAUGUUAUCGAGUAAACAACAUUGUAAUUGGGUGUCUAAGACACGAGUUAUUUGUUACUGUUGUGGCAUACUAUUGUAAAAUCGAUAUCGUUAGCAUGCUUUGUGUUCAGAACGCUUGCACAAGUGCAGGUGCAUAACACAUCCGGCCCGUAAGGUCGUUCAUACGAAAGAUAAUAUAGUGAUUCGAUUAUCCCGUAAGUCUUCAAGAAG